AUGGCGCUGCUAUCACGUGAUGGAGCCCUCGCAAACGCACGCUUGCGCUUCACGUCCGUGCUCUGGGCUAUGUACGAAGGGUGGGCACCUGCGCCGGAGGACCGCACGGUCCCGGUCGAGCCUUCGAGCAUUGGUGCGAAGGAGAUGUGGACAAAGUACAUUGAACCGCGCCGUCCUGUUGUGUUGCAAGGGCUACUGGACGAUCAGUGUUGGCAUGGCGAAAAGUGGACGCAAUUGGCGUACCUGAAAGACAAGGCGGGUAGUGCUACGGUGAAAGUAGAGCCCAUUCAUCCAGACGAGCAUUGUUUCGGCACAGCGAUGCCCCGUCAGACCAUGUCGUUUGCCGAGUUCCUGGACCUCGUUCAAAAUCCAGACGAGGCUGGGCAAUAUUAUCUCACGACGCAGUACGAGCAGGACGAAGAGGAGGACGAGGAGGACGAGGAGGAGCCUGUGCUCGAUCCAGUUCUGCCUUCGCCUACGCAUAAACUACGCAGCGACCUCCCACUGCAUCCGCGUGUCUUGGGCGACUUGGUCCUCCAGCAAUGCAAUUUGUGGAUCGGCAGUGGGCGUGAUGAAAAAAGUUCGGGACUGCAUCAUGAUUUCCAUGACAACCUCUACAUUCUCUUGUCAGGGCACAAACGCUUCGUGUUGUUCCCUCCGUCAGCGUACCCGUACUUGCACUUGCGUGGCACCGUGACGCAUCUACAUCCCAAUGGCUUGCUAGUCUACGAAGAAGGGGACCGUAUCCGUGCCGACGGCCUGGACGAGUUGGACGCAGCGCAUUGGCGCAUGGCGGCGCGUGCCCAACGAACGACACGGAAGCGAUCGCGGGCAUCGCGAGACGAAUCGGACGUGCAUGCGGCAUAUGACGAGGACGACGAGGGGGGGAUCCUUGAAAACGCAUCCGAGGCAGGCAGCGAGUUUGGCGGCGGGGAGGAUGGCGAAGAAUGGCUCCUCUCGCUUGACAAAAACGAAAACCAGGAGCCACCGAGCUUCUCGCUCAUUAAGCCGUACACACUGCACAAACACUUUGACAUUCACCCGGCGAUGCCCACGCCAGAAGGCGCCACGUCCACGACCUCGCCGUUGCCAGAGUGUCCUGCCCCCCUGAUUGUGGACUUGAAGCCGGGGCAAAUGCUGUACCUCCCUGCGUCGUGGUUCCAUGAAGUUACGUCGUCGGCCACAGGCUCCGAGCCGCAUAUGGCCUUGAAUUACUGGAUGCAUCCACCGGAUGGCCACGAGGCUGCCUAUACGGACAAGGAGGUGUGGGACCAUGUACGCACACGUGUGCUAGCGGCCGCAGAGUCAUCGGACGAACGUAUAUAG